GAUUUUUCUUGUUUGGCAUUUUAAAAGACAUGCCAAAGGCUAAAUAUCUAUCGCUGAAAAAUGUCUCUGGGACUAUUUGAAGCUGAAACUUCUGAUUUUCAUUUCAACUUGUACACCCAUAUUUUUUCUUCCUUUGCACAGUAGCUUUCAAAGUGUGCCGCAUAUUUUAUUUGAUAGAUUUGGCAAGUUUACAGAGCUGUUUGCAAGAGGGCCAGUUGAUGUGUUGUGUAACAGUUUUAAUUGUGACUCAAAGCUCCUCCUGCAUCAACUACAUCCAGUUCAUAGUUCGCAUUCCUUGAGAGUAUCGUGAGGAUUUCUGCUUUCCCUUUGGUGGCCUCAGAUGACGUCGCCCAGCGUUGGAUCGUAGCGGGUUUCUCACCUGCAGAGCACCGGAAGAAAGAGAAAAGCGUUCGAGUUCACCUUUAAAAAUAAUAAUAACUAAAUAAACUACAGCAGCAAUGCACUUCCAAAUAAAACACGUACUUCGCCUGAAUCACUGCGUUCAAGUUCGGCGUAAUAAGAGGACACUGUGGAGUGUUUCAGCAGCAGCAGCACAACAACAGCAACGUGGCGUAAGAGCAACAGGAUCGCAUGCAUCUCCCGCAGACGUCCAGAGGUAUUUCGCCGUGCAGUGCUGCAGAAACUAUGCGUCCGACACGGCGUACAGCCGAGCCUUCGCCACGGCGAGGGACGACCCCGAGCAGUUCUGGGGUGAGAUGGGACAGGACAUUAACUGGUUUGAACCGUGGAGUAAAACGUUGCACGCCGAGGACCCAGUGUUCCCAAACUGGUUUAUUGGAGGGAAGCUGAACAUGUGCUACAAUGCUGUGGAUCGCCAUGUGGAGAGCGGCCGUGGAGAGCAGCCUGCCAUCAUUUAUGACAGCCCAGUGACUGGAACUAAACAGAUCAUCACUUUCAGAGAACUUCAGGACCAGGUGUCCAGGUUAGCAGGAGUCCUAGUGAAGAAUGGGGUACGCAAAGGAGAUCUGGUGGUUAUCUACAUGCCAAUGGUGCCCCAGGCCAUGUUCACCAUGCUGGCCUGUGCACGAAUCGGUGCCCCGCACAGCCUCAUCUUUGGCGGCUUUGCUUCUAAAGAGCUCUCUGUCCGCAUCAAUCAUGCCAAGCCCAAGCUGAUGGUUACAGCCUCAUUUGGCAUCGAGCCAGGCAGAAGAGUGGAGUACAUCCCUCUGGUGGAGAAAGCCUUGGAGAUGAGCUCUCACAGGCCCUCUAAAGUCCUCAUCUACAACAGGCCGAACAUGGAGAAAGUAUCAAUGAGUCUAGAGUUGAGUCUGGACUGGGAGGAAGAGAUGGCCACCGCUCAGGCACACGACUGUGUUUCUGUUCCCUCCAACCAUCCCCUCUAUGUCCUCUAUACCUCUGGGACCACUGGGACACCAAAGGGUGUUGUGCGAGACACUGCAGGCUAUGCUGUGAUGCUGAAAUGGACCAUGUCAAAUAUUUAUGGACUCAGUCCUGGAGAUGUUUGGUGGGCAGCGUCAGACCUAGGCUGGGUGGUCGGCCAUUCAUAUAUCUGCUAUGGUCCUCUGCUCCAUGGUAACAGCACAGUUCUCUAUGAGGGUAAACCUGUAGGGACCCCAGACCCUGGAGCAUUCUUCCGUGUACUGUCUGAACACAGAGCCUCCUCCAUGUUCACAGCACCCACUGCCAUCCGAGCCAUUCGCCAGCAGGACCCCCAAGCUGAGGUUGGGAAAAAAUACCCCCUGUCCAGUUUGCGGUCAUUAUUCUUGGCAGGAGAGCGAUGUGAUGUGGAGACGCUGCAGUGGGCAAAGAGGAGCUUUGGGGUUCCUGUCCUGGACCACUGGUGGCAGACUGAAACUGGCUCAGCCAUCACAUCCUCAUGUAUUGGUCUGGGGAACUCACUCACGCCACCUGCAGGCCAGGCUGGCAAACCAGUUCCAGGUUACAAUGUCACAGUGAUCGAUGAUGACAUGCAGGAGGUGAAGCCAAGAACCCUGGGAAAUAUUGUGGUAAGACUGCCAUUACCCCCCGGUGCAGCGUUGUCACUCUGGCAGAACCGGGAUCUGUUCAGGGAACUCUACUUCACUAAGUUCCCAGGUUACUAUGACACCAUGGAUGCUGGUUUUAUGGAUGAGGAGGGUUUCCUUUACAUUAUGUCCCGGUCUGAUGACGUCAUUAACGUGGCAGGUCACAGGCUGUCUGCUGGAGCUUUGGAGGAGUCAGUGCUGCAGCACCCUGCAGUGGGCGACUGUGCUGUGGUGGGUCUAGAGGACACUCUGAAGGGUCACGUUCCCUUGGCCCUGUGUGUGCUCAAGAAUGGUGUGCACAAAACUCAACAGGAGAUCACAGAUGAGAUGGUGAAGCUUGUUAGAGACACCAUCGGACCCGUCGCUGCCUUCAGGAAAGUGCUUUUUGUCCGAGGACUUCCGAAGACGCGCUCUGGCAAGAUCCCUCGUUCCUCUUUAGCUAACCUUGUCAACGGCAAGCCCUACAAGAUCACUCCAACAAUUGAGGACCCAGAGGUGUUCAAAGACAUCGAGAAGCACGUGCAAAAAGCUCUGAAACCCCAUGGAGCCUGAACUCAUCAGCAGGACAUCAGAGAAAACUCAGGCUGCGUGAAUUCAGGCAAACACAAAGUCACUUCCUCUGCAAGAUAUGAGGCAUGUUGACGGCGUGCACAGGGUGCCACAAAUGUGAAGUAAAAGUAGAAGUUAGUGAUUAUCUUUUCUAAAUCAAUCUGAAGGCAGACAUUUACAUCAGUAAGUUUUACCUUCUCACCUCAUUUUAGCUGUGCCAAGUCCACAAUGCAGGAUCAAUGUUUCCAUGUGUAGUAAUGAAAUUAAGUCGAUUUGUAUGUAAUCUGAAUAUUAAUGUGAACCAUAUUGCACUACAGGCUUUGCAGAUUCAUAAUUUAUAAAUGGACACAAGGUACAGCUGCUGUUUAUACAACAUGAUGCCCUUGAGCCAUAAACAUUUUCAAUUAUGAAUGAAAAAUAAUGGACUACUUAUUCACUGACAGUUUUUUUUAAUGACAGAGAAGAUUUGUUUAGUACUAAAACACUCAGAGCAUUGAUGUGAAUUAUGACACAGUAUAUAUCAAUAAAUUCCUAUAAACAGA